UAAAAGGUGUAAAAGCAAAACGCUGGAUUCUAGAGAAAAUAUCUAAUAUGAAUAACUAUAUAUUUACAAUAUCUUACUAACGAUGAAGAGAAACACGCACUUAUUCGAUCUUUAUUGGGAAGAUAUAAUAGUGACUUAUGUUUUACCUUACCUGACCAUACGGGAGUGUUUCAAUUUUCGCUGCGUAUCCAAAACCUGUCUUCAGAUAGUAAACAUGUAUUUUACGAAGAUGAAAGCAUUAAAACUAAUCAAUGAAGGUUUCUCGCCACACACACUUAGUGUAUUCGCAAUAAACUGUUCCAAGCUUACAGUAUUAAACCUGACUCGAUGCUCAACCGUCACAGACGCAGACCUGAUCCCAGUUUUGCGGCAUAACGUAAAUUUGGUCAAUUUAAACCUAAGUCAGUGCAAUAAUUUGUCUGCAAAGUGUUUGCAGCCAGUUAUUCUAUACUGCAACAAUUUGCGUACGUUGAAACUGGCUCGUUGCUUGUGGCUAACUACAGGCGCGAUGGAGGCUCUGGCAUUACACCAGAGUAUGCUAGAAGAUGUAGAUUUGUCCCACUGCGUGACAAUCUCCGAGAGUUGUAUAAUUAUAUUUAUAAAGAAGUUUAGACUGCUUAGGAUAUUUAAUUUAGAAGGCAACAGGCAGAUUACGGAUAAGUGCUUGUAUGCCAUGUCGAAGAAUAGUGUUGUAUUGAGAAUGCUCAAUCUGGUAGGGUGCUCAGAUAUCACAGACAAAGGAAUCAGAUCACUAGCCCUCCACUGCCCUAUGCUAGAAGGCCUUCUAGUCCGAGGCUGCACAAAGGUGACAGAGACCAGUCUGCAGCUGAUGCGGCCACGGGUGAAGAUGGAUCGGAGGCCUGUGGACCCAGUGCCCAUGCCUAUUUACAUACAGAUAUAAACUGUCUGGGUAUGUCAUAACUCCAAAUUAUAACAGGGGUGUUUACAUGCCAUUAUGGGGUCAAAGGAGUCAUGGCCAAGAUGGGACACUCAGGCAACACCAAUUGUCCAAUGUGUGGCUCAGAGGAAGAGACAGUAAGACACUUUACUUACUACUGUGGCGCAACAACCCGAAGUGGAUAUUUGCCUCCCACACCAAUGACCGUCAUGCUACUCUGUCUAAAGCCAUUUCUGUCCAGUUGAUGGCGCCGAGUUGGCUAAGGUGUUUUUGCACUUCGUCUCUCCAGCGGUACCUAGGGCGUCCAGACGGACACCUAAUAUGUAUAUGUGAAUGUCACGCCCUAGCCAUACAGAGACUGAGAGAACUUUAGAGCAGGUUACUGGAAACAAAGGAAUUCAAGGAGAUCUCGUAUAUAAGGCGCAACGUCUGGCAACGCCGCGCCACAUCACUGGCGGCACAUGUCGUGGGAUAUUUGUAGCCUAAUCUAUACCUGGCUUUAUCCUUGGUGUGGCAGUGUGUUAAGGUAACUGAUACUCUCUAUGUGAUAAGAUUAUGUGAAAUGUUUAAAGUGAAAGUAAUUUAUUUAAAUUAAAAUAUUUAAAACAGGCCACUAACAAAAUUUGGUAAAAUAUUAAUACCUACCUCUUCACAUGUGAUAUACCUAUGAGCUAUGUUAUGUGAGUUACCUACUCGUUUGAAAUAUGUAUUUUAAAUCAUUUUGAUUGUCAUUUAUGCAAUUUUGUAUUAAUCAUUUUGUGGAUAACAAAUUGUUCCUUGGUCCAAUGUGUUUUUGCGUCUCACAUUUUGCUUAGUGAGAGAGCGAGACACAAUGCACAUUGGACAAAGAAAUUGGACAGGUAGAAUACCACCCUUAGAUACAAGGCAGUGUCAGUAUGACUUUGUUUUACGUUUAUCCCAGACACUAAAGUAACAACUUGAUUGCCCAAUCUACUACUCAAUAUGCCUAUCAAACCGAAAUUUACUAAACUAGAAAUAUUGGGUAAAGAUUAGGGAAAAUUGAGGAAAUUGAAUGGCCAUUUUAGUUGAAAUCCCGUUUGUCAUGUAGAAGCAAGAAGCUACUGAUUAAGGUGUACAUCUGGAGUAUAGCCCUUUAUGGAAGUGAAACGUGGACAAUGACCGUAAGAGAUAGAAAGAGAAUGGAAGCAUUUGAGAUGUGGUGCUGGAGGCGUAUGGAAGGCAUUCGUUGGAGAGACAAGAUAACGAAUGAGGAGGUGCUAAGAAGAGUGAAUGAAAGGAGAGCUAUCCUGAACACCAUUGCAAAUAGACGCGGAAAAAUGAUUGGACACUCAAUACGACACGACCACUUCUUUAAAACUAUCCUGGAGGGGCGGAUAGGACGCAAGCGGGGAAGAGGAAACCCCGACGCAGCUUUGUGGAGCAAGUGAAAGAAAAAGUAGGGGUCGUGUCGUAUCAAAAAGUCAAAGAGCUGGCGCAAGAUAGGGAAAGCUGGAAGAUACUCCACCGACAAGAGAAUAACUCUUAAGUUAAUGAUGAUGGUGUAAUUGUACUGGAGUAGGUAAUGUGACUGCGACAGUGCUUUAUAUUUUGUGGAUAAAAUUUACCCUAAUAUGUAUAAGGUAAAGUGGUGUGCUCUCGUUUCGGAGGCCAAGACCCUCUUUGGGUCGCUGAGCCAUAUUAGUUAGUUAUGUAUAAGCUCACAUGGGAUCAAAGUACGCGCUUUUUGCCUUUUGUUUCUCUCGCUAGGCUCAAACUUCUAAAUUAUUCGCUUACUCGAGACUCAUUCGAUUUUUCAGGCUAAGACCAGCUUUGCUCUCUGGUUGAAAAAAAUAUUAUACAAUUUUAUAAAGUACGAUUACAAAAUGUUGAUAAGGACCAAAACAAAUUUAUGUAAGUAUUUGACUGUAACGAUGAUCCUUAGUACCAAUUUAUAUUUAACUUAAAGGUGACAAUAAUGGUGGUUGUAUUUACCAUCAUAUCAGUUAUCGACAAUUCUAAAUAUUACGUAGAUAACGGGCCGAUCUCGAAUUGAAAUGCCGACUUGGAAAUAAAGUUAAACAAAUUUAUUCGAGUUCGACUAGUGUGUACCUACAUUAAUGUUCAGAAUAAUGUAUGUUUAAUCGUAUACUUACCUACACAUGUUACCAAAGUUGUCCGCCUACUUGAUUUCAUUAUUUAUAAUAACAUGUUUUUAGGUGUAGGUACUUAGGGGAAACCAGGGUAAGAUGGAACAGAGAUAGAAUAACAAUGUGACGAUUUCAAUCAUAAGGUACUACAUAAUAUGGUUAUACGUAUGAAGGUACAAGCUCAUUUCGUCCUUAAGCGACAAUGUGGUACCUUUUGCUUGAAAUCGUUACAUAUACACUUGAAAUAGGCACAGAGAAUGUGCAUACCUCUGUGCCUAUUUCAAGUAUUUGAAUAUACCUCUACCUUGGUGUCCUUUAUAAUGAUUUUUAUGUUAAACUUUUUCGCGUACCUAGUCAAUUAAGAUGUACAAUAUGUAGCUUUGUGGUACAUAUACAUACUUAAGCAGUACCGUCUACCAUAAGGGCACACGGGGCCCGUGCCCAGGGCCCCCAUCCUCAGGGGGCCCCGAAGGACAGACAGUAUCAGUAUAUUUGAUUACCCAUGCUAAAUAGAAGAUCAUAGUAGAAAAAUGUUAGUUGAAUUAGCUUUCUUUACUUUCCAAUAGGGCCCCAAAUUCUUAUGUGCCCAGCAUAGUUUAAGACGGCCGUGUACUUAAGUACCUAUCUAGAUUGCUGGAUGAGUUGUAAUUUCAUAAUAUAAUAAAUGAAACUAUGGGUAAAUCGUCCAUUACUGGCCGCUGUAUAAUAACUGGCCACGUUAUACAAAAAUGAAUUCUAUUUACCUAUAAAUAGAAUUAA